GAUAACACAUGUUUGUUGAUUGUGUUUAACAGUUUCUAUGAUGGAUCCCAACUCUGUACCAGAUAUAAUUCCAGUGGAAAACGUCAGCCAAUCCCUGUCCCAGAAUUCAUCUGACAGAUGUCUGUUCUCAGAGUCUAACAGAUUUCACGUCUCCUGUUGAGCUUGAUGAAGCAACAAAGCUGGCAUAUCAAAGGCUGGCUGCAGAGUCCCCAGGCUUUGUGUAUCCCCGGGGUCCAGACAUGUUGGAGGCCCAGGCAAGAGAAGUUCAGAUGUCAGCCCCAGUACGUUCUCAGUACUUCUCCAGUACCCCUGCCACAGUCAUGCAAGAUUCUUAUCAACCGACACCUUACUCUCCACCUACUCAUAAUCAAUACAAGCAAUGUUCUCUCUCCACCUGCUGGAAAUUUGGGUAUGUUCAGUUUUGGAAAAGAUACUUCUCAAAACUCAUGUGACAAACAGAUGGAAAAACAAAAAUCACCUGAUGGAGGGUUUAACUUCAAUUUUAUGUCUGGGCCUUCUUCAAGUAGUUCUUCAUUUUUUAGUCUAUUCUAAUUUAUCAUCAUUUUA